AGACACCCACAACUCGUGUUUUCGAUUCGUCACCGAUGGCCAGCUCCCUCUCAGGCAGUGUCUCUAUCCAGAGUCGUGGCGGAAGGACCUCGAGCUGCCAUCUUACUAUAGCACCUUCCACGACCUGCGGAAAGAGGUCGCCAAGUUCACGGGGAAACAGACGACCCGCCGCAUUCGGUCGCCCAGAUGAUAGAUUAUUUACAAAUGAAGGCUGAAACGGAAACGAAUUUUAUACGAAAGAAGCAAAAGAUAUGGUUAAUAUUGUACAAAGGCUGAUAGCGGAUGG